GGCAUUGCGCGUUAGGCUCGUUUUGUGGCGGCAUUCACUCACUGCCCUACGUAAAUUGGGUUAGGCAAAUAAGUAAUUUCGGUAAUCAAGUCGGCUUAUUUUGGUCAAUUUACAAGUCCCACUUGGCUACAGCAAUCCCAUCCUCCCAACUCCCUAUAAAUACUCCCCUGCACUCGUCAACAGUCCCUCUGAAGCAUUCACUUCACUGGACCGCCCCUUUCUUCCUCUCUCUUAUUAGCAAUCGUAGUAUUCCCUUUUUUUAGAGAGAGAGAAAGCAAAAGGCUAAUUUGCAAUCAUGUUGGUUUAUCAAGAUCUCAUAUCUGGUGAUGAGCUUCUCUCUGACUCAUUUCCCUACAAGGAACUCGAGAAUGGAGUUCUUUGGGAGGUUCAAGGGAAGUGGGUUGUUCAAGGUGCUGUUGAUGUAGACAUUGGGGCAAAUCCUUCCGCUGAGGGUGGCGAUGACGAUGAAGGUGUGGAUGAUCAAGCUGUCAAGGUUGUUGAUAUUGUUGACACUUUUAGACUUCAGGAGCAACCUUCUUUUGACAAGAAGGGAUUUGUUGGUUACAUCAAGAAAUACAUCAAGAACCUGACACCAAAGCUAGAAGGAGAAGCGCAAGAUUUAUUUAAAAAGAACAUUGAGUCAGCAACUAAGUUCCUCAUGUCAAAGCUCAAGGAUCUUCAAUUCUUUCUUGGUGAGAGCAUGCAUGACGACGGUGCCCUGGUGUUUGCAUACUACAAGGAUGGUGCAACUGAUCCUACCUUUUUAUACAUUGCACCUGGCUUGAAGGAGGUCAAGUGCUAGAUGUCUUCAUCUAGAUGAUGUUUCAUGUAGUUUUAAUUUCUCGGUUCUUUUUCUUAUUUAUGUCUGUUUGUUCUGAACCGUGGGUACUUGUUGUAACCCGUACCUGCACUUUUUCUUCAUUAUAAAAAUCCUAUCUGGGACGCAAAUGAUCCUGAUUUGUGUUGAAAAAAUUCUUCUAUCGAUUAGCAAAAUUUUGCAUAUUUUUUCAAAUGUUGUGUUUGGAUAUGGUUUUAGGCUAGCCAUUCUACUUUAUGAUCAGGGGUGGAGCCAGGAUUUCAAGUAAAGGGAUUCAAUAUUCAAAGAAAAUUAAGUCGAAGGGAAGUUUUAACACCUACUAUAAUCACAUAAAAAUAAUUUUAAUUAUAUAUAAAUUUUAUAUUUUUCCGUCUGCACUUUUGAAGAGGGUUGGCUCCGCCUCUGCUAGUGAUAAUCGAAUGCGAAUAUAGGAAGCACUCUGCUAGUGAUAAUCGAAUGCGAAUAUAGGAAGCAAACUGUGUGAUGGAGAGAAUUUUGCGUUGCAGAUAUAAUGGCUUUGGUUGUGGAAUCUACUUUUUGUCCAACUAUGAUACUUAACUUGAACUCAAUUAUUAUGUGUGCAUUUUUUGUGUUAGUUUCACUCUAGCGAUGAUUUACGUUUUACUUCAAUCAGUCAUUUAGUCAUUGAUAAAUACUAUAUUGAGCAUAUCGUGCUUUUAAUCGAAUAUGCUGUCUCCGUUCCUUUUUAUUCCCCCUAUUUGUUUGUUAUUUUAUUGGACAGAUGCAAGUUGCAUAACGGCAAGUGAUGUGUAGUACUUAAUUAGUAUGAACUAGACAUCAAAUAUUAAAAUUGAAAAUCAUAGCCUAGUGUACUUCAAUACUAUACAAGUCUUGUCGUUUUCUACACAAAGCGAAAGGUUUCAAAUAUUAAAAUAUUGGUAAAAGCUGCUGAGUUUCCAUCACAAAGACCUGCUUUAGUUUAUAUGUUUUGCAAGACCUUUGAUUAUAAAGAUUUUUGUGUUGAAGCAUCGUUUUCUAUUCAAAUAAUGGAAGAAACUCAUGUUCAAUUAUUUUCUCUUAUUCGGUUUAGGGGAAAUAAGGUAAACUCUAGAUUAAAAUCUUCAAUUGGUUUAAUAUCCUAAGUAACUAUGGGAGAUUUCAUUUUGUAGUUCACUUUUUAUUAUUUUUUGGUUGUCUCAAGAUAUCUUUGUUUUUACAUAUAUGAAAUUUUUAUUUUUAUAUGUAAGAUUAUUUUCUUCUAUUAUUUUUUUAAGUGGGCAAAGUUGCUGUCAUCUGACCAGGAGGUCAGGGUUCAAGCCUUGGAAACAGCCUCUGACAGAAAUACAAGGUAAGGCUGCGUACGAUACACCCUUGUGGUGGGCCCUUCCCCGGACACCGCGCAUAACGGUAGCUUUAGUGCACCGGGCUGCCCUAUUUUUUUAAGUGGGCAAGAGAUUUUUGUUGAUUUAUCACUAGAAAAAUAACCUCAUCAGUAAGAUGUUUUGGCAUGAUACCACCCCUUGGGCCAAGUAAUAGGAAUGAUAAAUUUAACUUGGCCACACUCUGGGUUUUUAGGAUAAUCAGUAACCCAGUAAAUAUAUUAGAAGAUAGUAGUAUAUGUUCAAACUUUUGUUUUCUUCUUUUUGUUUGUACAUAUGAUAUUGUGUUGGUAUA